AUGGAGAACUCCUCCGAGCCCUGGAGGGAUGUCUCAGAGUGUGAGGAGCACCAUUACUUUAAAGACAAGGAGGAUGAAAUGCUGCGCCAUACAGCCCUCAGGCUCAUCUCUGUCAUUGGCUACUCCUUGUCUUUGGUGUCUCUCAUAUUAGCCACUCUGCUAAUGGGCAUGCUAAGGAAGCUCCACUGUACCAGGAACUACAUCCAUAUGAAUCUGUUUGUGUCAUUCAUCCUGAGAGCUGCAGCUAUCCUUUCUAAGGAGAUCAUAAUGCACAUCAUGUAUUCCAACCUACCAAAGGACGACCCUGGAUGGAACACCUACUCGAGCUCUCCGAUAGUGAUAAUGUGCAGAUUGUCCAAGGUGUGCAUGGAGUACUUUGUGGCCUGUAACUACUUCUGGCUUUUGGUGGAGGCCAUUUUCCUUCAUACGCUGCUCUUCACUGCUGUGCUGACCAAGAGGUGUCUGCUGAAGAAAUACAUGCUGCUAGGAUGGGGAACUCCGGCCUUGUUUGUGACACCAUGGACAGUGGUCAAGAUUUUAUAUGAAAACACAGAAUGCUGGUCCAUUAUUAACAGAGGGUUCUGGUGGAUCAUAAAGGGCCCGAUCACUUUAUCAGUGUUAGUUAUUUUCUUUAUCUUCAUUAAGAUUCUGAUGUUGCUGCUGUCCAAGCUGAAAGCAGAUCAGGUGAAAUUUACCGACUACAGAUACAGCUUGGCCAGAGCAACACUGGUGCUGAUUCCUCUGCUUGGAAUCCAUGAAGUAGUCUUCACUGUGCUGAUAGACGAGUGUGUAGAUGGAAGCAGUCGCUAUGCUCGGAACUUUGUCAACCUCACCCUCAGCUCAUUCCAGGGGUUCUUGGUAGCUGUUCUGUACUGCUUUGCUAAUGGAGAGGUACAAGCUGAACUAAAAAAGCGCUGGCAGCUCUUCUUGUUCACCAACCACUUCAAGGUCAGGACCUGUUUUCGGGGAAUGCCCCUGAAGCACCUGUGGAAAUGUACUCGAGGACAUCAUCCGCGGUGCUCUCGGCAAAGUGACUCCUAUGACGAGGGCGGCAUUUCAACAAUGCACCCCCACCUGCUCCAGGUGGCUGUGCACGGCAGAGGCAGAGUACUUGGAAAAGGAGAAGUUAAGGGUCAAGCGCUGAAUGGCUAUGAUGUGACAGGACUUGAGUUCCUCACCAGGAAGAGUCUAUCCAGUAGCGAUGGUGAGAUGACGCUUGGGGAAACCAUGGAAGAGAUUCUGGAAGAGAGUGAAUUCUGA